CAAGGCGCCGAUACUGUUUCAGUCGAGUUCCUGACUUCAUCGACCAACCAUGACUCCCUUCCUUCUUCUCUUUGUUGCCCUGGCAACGGCUUCUCCAGUGAAGAGACAGACCACUGGUCUGGAUGCUGACGGGGACGGACACAUCACCAUCAUUGAAGUGGACAACGCCAUGGACCUGGGAGAGGUCCUGGUGGCUUUGGAUACCGACGGUGACAUGCAGUUCACCGUUACAGAAGCCCUGCAGUUCAUCGACCAUCACUACUUCAACGUCCUCGACACCAACCAUGACCACGUGAUAUCCUUCCAAGAAAUCCAGGACGGCCUGACCCUGGCUGACCUGUUUGCCUUCUAUGAUCGCAACGAUGACGGAUUCCUGUACGGUGCAGAGGCUGACCGCAUCAUCGCCAUGUACGAUGCGGCGUACGGGACAGCUGCAGUUCCCGCCGCGCGGCGCCAGAGGAGGCAGGCCGACGGGCUGGACACCAGCGGGGACGGACAUCUCACCCUCAACGAGUGUGAGGCCGGACUCAACCUGACGGUAGUCGCCUACGCUUUUGGACACCGACGGUGACCAGAUGUUCACCGUUGACGAGGCCCUGCAGUUCAUCGACCAUCACUACUUCAACACCCUCGACACCAACCAUGACCACAUGCUGAGCUUCCAGGAACUUAGGGACGGUGUGACCUGGCCUGACCUCUUCGCCUUCUACGAUAGAAACGAUGACGGUUUCCUGUACGGAGCUGAGGCGGACAGGGUCUACUUUAUGUACAACGAGGUUCAGAACGCCGCGGCCGGGAACUAAGUCGACUGAUGUAUCAUCAGAAACAGAUCAGUACUUAAUAGUAACUUGCAAACCUACAUUCAUGAAUACUUUGUCCUUGGUUGAUGGGAACAAAGUGUAUCCCCGCUAGCCCUUUGUAAUAGCCAUUGGCGUGUUGGUCAGUCCUGGCUGUGCCUGCUUAAAGGCAAACCAAUAAAUAAAUAAUUAAAUGAAUAGAUGAAUACCCUUUCUUGGUGUUUGAUUGUAUUGAUUAAAGGAAAAAUCUUCCAAGCACUCAA